AUGGAUUCGUCAGCUGCGGAAUUGUCGCACGAACCUUCUGCGACGGAUACCCCACCGGCAGAUGCAACAACUUCGGUACAGGCAACACCUGCGCCAGAUUCCGCUUCAUCAGAUACGCCUGCGUCAGAUACGCCUGCACCAGCGGAUUCGGAGCCUGUCAGGAGCUCUGCGGCACUCGGAUCCACCACCACGGUACCGGAUACGCCUGGACCUGUUGCGGAGACUGUAACGGGCUCUGCACUCGCAUCCACCACCACGGUACAGUCUGACCAAUCGCCAGCUGCAGCAGACGGUACACCAGUGGCGUCAGACACGCCCGUAUCCUCGUCAGCAGGAGACGCAAGCGGUCCCAUUUCUGCUGGUUCCGACGUUCAGCCAGUUCCUUCUGACGUGGCACCGUCGGUUGAUUCUGAUCGUGAUCCUGCCACGUCGUCGGGCCCUGCUCGCCGCAACGAAGGCGUUGCGGAGAGGCGGGAGGACGGCGCAACGGCUGGCGGAAGGGGCGGAAAUGGUGAAGCGCAGGGAAGCGAGGUGCGCGGAGGGGGAAGCGGCCGAGGGGGAAGCGGAGGAAGGGGAAGAGGUAGGGAAGCUACUAGGACUACCAGCAGCAGCGGUAGGUCCGCGAAACCAGCGUCUGACGCGGUAAGGCGGUACACCGCUGAGGCAUCUGCUCCGCCGGCCUCACUACUGGAGCAGGCGCAGGCGUUACCCGGUUACUCGCUCUUCUCCAAGGGCCUGCAGUCGCUUCGUUCGUCGCUCGCCAGCCCUUCGCCUGACUCUUCGCCAAGCCCUGCGACAGGGAGAGCAGGUGGAGGUGAGGGGGGUAGUGCCAGUGGGUCAGCAGGACGAGGACGAGGAAGAGGAGAAGGGAGAAAAGAAGGCGCAGGUGGGACAAGAAGCACGUCUGGUGCUACUGCUGGGCCUGGAGGCGCAGCAGCAGCAGGAGCGGGAGUUGGCGGAGCAGCAGCAGGGGAAGGAGGGGGAGGGGUUCCAGUGGUGCGCAGCGCAUCAGGCGGAGCAGCAGGGCUGGGCGGGUUAGUUGGGGGAGCGGCAGUGGACAGCGCAGCAGUGCGGGAGUCCGCCAAGGAGGUGCUGAAAAGCGCGGAGAAGCUGCAGGAGAACGCGCGCGCUGCCCUGGGGUCGUUCUUCACGUCGCUCUCUGAGAAGGGCACGGGCGCGCCUGGAGGGAGGAGGGGCAGGGGGAGAGGAAGGGGUGGUGGUGGAGGGAGGGGUGGGGAGAGGCAGGGUGGAACAGGUGGGGUUGGUGCGGGUGCAGAGGGGAUCGGAAAGGGGGAUGGUAGUGAAAAGGGAGGAAAGACGGGUGGAGGGAAAGGAGAAGGCAAGGCAGAAGGGAAGGGAGAAGGGAAGGUGGCAGCAGCAGUGGUGGCCGGAGGCAGUGUUGCAGGAGAGAGCGCACAGGGAGGAGGAGUAAAGGAGGGCGAAGGAGAGAAAGGGCCAGGGACAGAAACACGGGAGGAGGGGCGGACGGCGGGAGAUGCAGAAACGAAGGAAGUGGAGGUGGAGAAAGUGAAGGCGGAAGGAGCGGUUGGGAAGGAGGGGGUGACUCAGAAGGCAGAGAAUGAGGGGGAGGAGGGAGGGGAAGCGGGGGAGGUGGGGGACGUUGACGGGGGGGAUGACUUAGUGGCGGAAAUAUUAGAGUGGGCGGCGACAGCAGGGGAGGACGCGGAUGAAGAUACAGAAGCGGCGUUUGCUGCUGUCAUGGAUGCCCUGGGUAGUGAGGGCGAUGAGGAGGAGGAUGGGGAGGAGACCAAGGGUGGCAGUGGGAGUGCUGGUGCUGGUGAUGGUGCUGGUGCUGGUGAUGAUGCUGGUGCUGGUGAUGAUGCUGCUGGGGAAAUAGGCGAAGAGGCAGGGUCGGAGGGAGGAGGAGGAGGCAUUAGGCUGAGUUCUGCUGACAAGGGGAAAGCGAUUGCCUCAGAAGAGGGUGACGUAGGGGGUACAAGGGGGUGGGUGGAGGAGAGUAAGAAGGGUUUAUUGGAUGGGACUAAAGGCCUGGUCGAAGGGACAAAGGAGCUCGUAGGGGAAGGUACUAAGGGGUUUGUGAUAGGGACGAGAGGGUUGAUGGAGGCGACUAAAGAGUUGGUGGAGGAAGGGAGGAAGGAGAUUGUUGAAGGGACGAUGGAGUGGGUGGAAGAGGGAAAGAAAGGGAUUGCGGGCGGUACGAAGGUGUUACAGGACGGUUCGAAGGUGAUUCAGGAUAGGACGAAGGGGCUGGUGGAGCGGUCGCAGAGUGCGGCGAAGGCGAUUCAGACGCAGGCGAAGCACAUGGCGUCGCAUGGCAAGAGGCGGUUCCAGCAGGGCGGGUUUGACCUGGAUAUGACGUACAUCACUGCUGGGGUCAUUGCCAUGGGGUUUCCCGCUGGGGGCGACGUGAAUGCCGGCAUCAUGAGCAUGGUGGAGGUGGGUUUGGAUGGGUAG